GCGGCCGCGGCCGCACUUAGGGCGUCUCUAGUGAUGCUGGCGGCUUGGCCAGCUAUAUAACGUGGAGGAGGGAGGAGCUCGGCCAAGCCCAACAAGUGCUCGGGGACGGCGCGUGUCAGAAGGAAGGCCUCGAGAACAAACAGGCGGCGUUGAGUAGAAGAGGCCGGUAUCAUGGAGCACGUGAAUCCUGCUAAGCGGCCCACAGUAAUGGUCGAGGACAGUAAGUGGACGGGAUACUUCAUUGAACUCCAGCCUUUGCCAUGCUCUCACCUGCUGCAGUCCCAGGUCAGGAUCACGGAUAGGCGGGAUGAGCUCGUGCAGAAGGUUCGCUGCAUUAUACAAGAUUUUGGAGAAAAGGAAAAUUUGCUCCAGGGGAUGAAGACUGUGGAUGCCCUGGAACGCCUCGGUGUCGGGUACCAUUUUGAGCAGGAGAUUGCUACAUUUAUGGACGUUCUCAGCAGCAGGAAACCAGCAGUGGGUGAUGACUUAUGUGCAGUCGCACUCCAGUUCCGGUUGCUGAGGCAGCAUCACUACGACGCAACCUGUGAUGCAGAUGUUUUCAAGACUUUCUUGGAUGACAACGGGGAUUUCAAAGACGCUCUGCGAUCAGAUGUUGAUGCUUUGCUCAGCCUGUACGAGGCAGCUCACGUAAGUAAGUGCAAUGAGGACGUGCUGAACAGGGCCGUCGUCUUCACCGUGGACCGGCUAUCGUACCUAGCAAAUGGUGGCAGUCUGCCUAAGCCCAUCCAAAAUAAAGUGCUGCAUGCUCUAGCGGCGCCGACCUAUCGGAGGAUAAAAAGGCUCCAGGCCAAGCUCUACAUUUCCAUCUACGAUGAUGAUAAUGAGAAGGACCAUGACAUACUUGAGCUUGCUAAGCUAGACUUUCACAUCUUGCAGCAGAUGCACCGCGACGAAGUUAGGAGUAUCUGUAUGUGGUACAAGGACCUUAAUCCUAAGAGCACUAUUGGUCAAUACAUACGAGAACGGCCAGUCGAGUGUUAUUAUUGGGCCCUUGGUGCUUUCUACGAGCCACAUUAUGCCAACGCACGGAUGAUGUUUGCAAAGUUUCUGAUACUAUCAACAUUCUUUGAUGAUAUAUUUGAUUCAUACGGCACACUGGACGAGGUUCGCCAAUUUAACCAAGCAGUUCAAAGUUGGGACGAAGAAGCAGCACGGAAGAUUGGGAACUGUUAUGCAUAUGUCUUGUCCUAUUUUUCAGACACAUAUGAAGCUUUUGUGGCUGAUAAUGGUGCUUCACUGAUGGGUAUUGAUUAUGUGAAGGAAGCAAUGAAAGAGAUAAGCAGUUGCAUGCUAAAAGAGCUGGUAUGGCGAGAAGAGCGACAAGUGCCAACCGUGCAUGCAUACCUCACGCAGGCUGCUGUAAUAUCCGUACAGUAUGUGCCAGCGGCUGUCACGGCACUUGUUGGAAUGAACGCGAAGGAUGAAGUUUUGAGCUGGGCUGGUUCAUACCCUAAAAUCAUAGAGAUUGCAGCAACCAUGUGCCGAUUGAUGGAUGACGUUGCUGGACACGAGAACGAGAAAGAAGACAGAAGCAGGUGUUUUACUGCAGUCGAUUGCUAUGUUAAUGAGCAUGGCGCAACGGUUCAGCAAGCAAAAAAAGCGUUGCGCGGACUUCUCGAGGAGCACUGGAGGAGAAUCAAUCAAGAGUUUCUCAGCAACGUUACAGUACCUGUUCCACUGCUGACAGUCUUGAUAGAUAUUGUGCGCAUUAUGGACAGCAUGUACAUCGAUGUGGAUGCGUACUCAAAGUGCUCAAAACUGGCAGACCCAAUACAUAAAUUGCUGAACGAGUGCGUCCACCAUUAAGAAGCGGGCCCGUUUCAGCUGGUAAUAGGAAUGCCUGCACUAGCCUGCUUCCCAUAUAUACGGAGUAUACCCUACGCAUACCCAUAAUGAAUAAGUGUCAUCUUUUUAGUAAUAUAUUAUGGCGUUGAACUGCAUGUGGUGCACCAAUGUGUAUUGUUAUACAGAAGACAUGUAAUGGUUGUAAUAAUAAUAAUAAUGUGGCAUGUGUGAUGUAAAGGAAUUAAAAUUGUCUGAGUUUCUCACUCUUC